UGGCUGAAUAGCUCUUAAGCAGCUUAGCACCCUCGCUCCAGUUUAUUACCUGAGCUCCUUUGUGUCUGCUGGGUGGCUGAGAGCAUCCUGCUGCCGGUGUCCCCUCAGUGGGGACACCCUGAGGGCCUCCCCCUCCCUCCAUCCCUCCUUCCCUCCUUCCCUCCCCGCCGCGGGCAGUGGUUUGCUCCGUGCAUCCAGAGCUCCAUGUGAAGCUGCCGCUGGGCGGUGGGGAAUUUUGGCCCCACGGUGCAAGGCCGGAGGCGUCCACCCCCAUCCCCGUGGUGGGCCCGACAUCAGGCAGGGGUUUGAUUUCCAGGUCCAGGAGCCUGCAGGAGGAGAGCGAUGCUGGAAGCGCUGUAGCCGAGCCGGAGAUGGAUGGUGUCGGCAGCAACAUGACCAUGUCUUACAGUAGAUGGAGUUACAACAGUGUUCUGGAUGAUGAAGGGAGCAGCCUGCGUCAGCAGAAGCUUGACAGGCAGCGGGCACUGCUAGAACAGAAGCAGAAGAAAAAGCGUCAGGAGCCAUUAAUGGUUCAGUCCAACGUGGACAGUCGCACGAGGACGCGCAGAAUGAAACACUCGGAAGAACAAGCACCAUUGGUUGAAUCGUAUCUUAACAGCAACAGCAGCACCAUAUAUCAUGUGCAGGAGGCCGAACAGGAAGAUGUAAAGAUGGUAGUGGAUGCCCAAGCUCCGAAACCAACUAAAAAAACCAAGGCAGCAGCUGCGAGCUGUCAGACUGGCAGCACCAGAAAGGAGAAAAAAGGGAAACACAAAGGGAUUGAUGGCCCAGCUGCUUUUCAAGAUGAUGUUCAGAAGAUAGGAAGCCAAGUGCAGAUUCUCACUGUUGGGCAGUCUAGUCAUGAUGAAGAUGAUGGAGAGAAAAUGGCUAGUGGCCAACACCAGCAAAGCAAACAAGACCUUAGAACAGCAAUGCAGAAAAAAGGCAUUUCAAGUAGCAUGAAUUUUGAUGAGGAAGAAGACGAGGAAGAUGAAGACAGCUCUAGUUCUUCACAGUUAAACAGUGUUUCUGUUGGCUGGAAGGAAACGAAAGAAGAAUCAAAUCUUAUGGGAACUAAGUUUACAGUUUAUGACAAUGGAGUAAAUCCAAUGAAAACAACAUCAAGCCUGGAGGCGAGUACCCUGCGUCAGGAGCUAGCUGCUAUUUGUUAUGAAGCGGCCUCAGCCCCCAGUCCUUCCACAAAUGAGCCUCUCAUCGAUGUCGAUGACCUGGAGGAAUUUGCCAUAAGACCUGCUCCACAGGGUGUCACUGUCAAAUGCAGAAUCACAAGAGACAAGAAGGGAAUGGACAGAGGGAUGUACCCUACUUAUUACCUCCACUUGGAAAGGGAGCAUGGUAAAAAGGUGUUUCUGUUGGCUGGAAGGAAACGAAAGAAGAGUAAAACCUCUAAUUACCUCAUCUCCAUAGACCCAACUGACCUGUCUCGGGGUGGAGAGAGUUUUAUUGGAAAACUGAGAUCAAAUCUUAUGGGAACUAAGUUUACAGUUUAUGACAAUGGAGUAAAUCCAAUGAAAACAACAUCAAGCCUGGAGGCGAGUACCCUGCGUCAGGAGCUAGCUGCUAUUUGUUAUGAAACAAAUGUCUUGGGGUUUAAAGGACCUCGUAAAAUGAGUGUGAUCAUACCAGGAAUGAAUAUGGACCACGAAAGAGUUUCCAUCAGACCACGAAAUGAACAUGAGACACUUCUUGCAAGAUGGCAGAACAAAAACACAGAGAGUGUCAUUGAGCUGCAUAACAAAACCCCAGUCUGGAAUGAUGACACCCAGUCCUAUGUUUUAAAUUUCCAUGGUCGAGUCACACAGGCCUCAGUGAAAAACUUCCAAAUUAUUCAUGAUAAUGAUCCUGACUACAUCGUGAUGCAGUUUGGCCGUGUGGCUGAGGACGUGUUCACCAUGGACUACAACUACCCAAUGUGUGCACUACAAGCCUUUGCUAUUGCCCUUUCAAGUUUUGACAGCAAGCUGGCUUGUGAGUAACGGGGCACGGGUGAGCGGCCUCUCAAAGGAAGCCCUUUGCCACAUGAUUCCCAGUUCCUGCUGGUGUCACUUAUGGUCCAUACUAAACAGGUCAGGGAAAAAGCAGUUCUGGAGGAGGACCUGAAGAGGAAGUACAAGGAAUCUUCUAAAAAUUCAGGACAUUCAGGAAAGAAUAUUUUCCUUUUUUUCUGUCAUACUUUUCUGGAAGUGGCAUCGAGUUGUGUAAAUAGAAGUUCUAUCUCAUGUCCUUGAUGAUGUUAUGGAGCUGUGCCAUGAUGUACUGUACCGUGGCUCUAGUAGCACCAUUAUAACGGUGUCUUUUUUAAAUCCAGAAAGGGCGCGCACGCUCGAAAAAAUUUCUUUUUACAUUUAAGAAUUAUCCUGAGGCUGCAAUCAUACCUCAAGGUUGCAUUCCUACAUCGACUAAUCAGAGCUUCACAUCAUCCAACGUAAAAGAAAAAGAUCACAAAAAAAGAUGCACUUUUUUGAAUUUGCAAGGAUCUUGUGUAGUAUAAAGCCAAGUCUGAGGGUUGCAAACCUGUACUGGACUGAACUUGAUGCAUUGCUAUUGUAUACGUGGAAGGGCAUGAUGAAUUUUACUUGCAGUAGGAGGAAAUGGAGAAGUAGAAAGCACAAAAUAAUGUUGCACAAGUCACUUGAAUUCUAAGAUGUCAUUAUGUUUUAACAUCGUCAUGCUUUUUAAUUUGUUUGAAAUGGAAAUGUAUUUGGAGUACAGAAAAGAAAAAGGAAAACGUCUAGAUGCCAAGAAAGCAUAACUUAUGUUGAAUUUGGCAUGUCACGUGUUGGGAAUUUCUAUCCUUGUAUUGCUGUGGUAAUUCAAACACAUAUUUUGUAUGAAGUGAUAUAAACAGUUGGAUAAAGGCUCUCUACAGAGAAUCUUAUUUUGAACAGGCUGUGUAAAGCUGAGGAAGGUAAAUGGAAAUAUUUUAUUAAAUUUGUCUGGCCUUUUGCGAUUUUACAAUUUGUUGAUUGCAUUUUUUGAACUUUCAGCAACAACCACUUUUCAUAUUUAUUUCCCAUUGGAAGAACACUUGAAAUCGAUUGAAACUGUGUAUGUUGUUCUCUAAUGUAAAGGUGCCAGCUACUGAGCUAAAUCCUUCCAGGCAAAUCUAGGGUAUGCUGCAUACAAAUGAGACACUGGCAGGACACAGAAGAGCUUAAAAUAGUGUGGAUUUUUUGUUUCUUUUUUUUUUCUUUCUGAUUUAUCUGGAAUAUAUAAACAAAUACCGUGUCAAAACACAAGCAAAGAACAUGCCAUUCUCUUAUCUUUUCAACAUCUCAAAAGCCAAGAAGAGCUGCAACUGAAAGCACACUGUAAAACACCUUUAAAAUGACCAUGUCUUUCUGCCAUUGUUCUGAACAAUGUUAUCCUCAACGGCACACAAAGUAAUGGACUUUACACAUAGUUCACCAGAAGGGGAUUGAAAUGGGAGUGAAGAAGUAGUUGCAUUUUAUACUGUAUGUCUUCAGAUUCUCCUUUUUACUCCUUAGAGCUUCUUGCAUUGCACAACCAAAUAUUAUGUAAUGAGAAAAUGAGAUCAGAUCUGCUCGUCUCGUAGCUGUCAGUCCCUUUUUGACUAUAGGGGACUAUAGGCCACAGGUUGUGCCAUCUGGACUGUAUCAUUUCAACUAAUAAAAGAAAUAUACUCUCUUCUUCA